AUGCUGUUCGAGUCGUUAUUGCCCAACUUCGUGGGCCCUUUGGUCUUGGCUUGCCUCGCCACGCCAACAUGCCGUGGCGAGUCCCUGGCCAGCGUACUGAAACGCGUAGAUGAUGAGGACUUCGCAGCCCGAGUGAAUGGCGACCGAGCGGCCGGACCGGGAACUACACUUGACAUCAAGGAGAUCGUGAUUGGCCGGUGUUGGGACUACCAACGAGUGAUCGGAAUGAAAGAAGGGAAGCCACUGAGCGAGGUCGACUGUAAUGGCACUGCCUGGCCAGCCUUCGUGAACGCAUUCGCCUACAAGAGCCCCUGCAGUACGCCAGAAGACGCGUUCAGCAACUUCAUCAAAAUCAUGACGGUCAGCCUGCCAGUGAACGGCACCCUCUUCUGGUCUGGCACCAAGAACCUAGCCCUGAUGUACUCGGAGCUGUCUGGUGGCACCAUGUUCUCGCUGGAAUUGACGUUCUUCGGGUACACCGUGAACGGUCUGACGUGGUGCGGCAAGCACACCGGCGGCAUACACGGGAUCAACUACGACAGCUGCCCGUCAUUUGGCGACCAGAGCUGCCAGAGUCCAGUCUCCACGGUCUUUUGGGGAUCAGCUUCCAUGUCAUUUGCCAGACAAGCACGAGGAUCUAUCAGCGUGUUAUUGGAUGGAAGCGAUCCUAGGGGAGCCUUUCGGAACAACAGCUUUUUCGCUACCAUGGAACUUCCUAACUUGGAUACUGCAAUGGUGGAUCUUGUUAAUAUCAUCGUUGUGCACGACCUCGACGGACACAUUGUAGACACUUGUGAUAAUGGAACCAUUUUGAUACUGAAGGACCGUAUCAUCCAGCGUGGACUGCAGUGGAAAUGCAAGGACGACCCAAAGUUAGCAAAACUCAUCCAGUGUACCGAGAACCCUGACAAUGAAAAGUGCAAUCUGACGUCUGGAGUCAAUACACUGCACGGCCGCAGCUGGAACUUCAUCGUCUUGACUUUGCUCGCCUCGCUUUGGAUGAUUUGGACAUGCUAAUUAGACCAGGGCCCAAUUUCAUGGCUCUGCUUACCGUUAGCGAAAAAUCCCUGCAUAUUGUAGCAGAAAAUUCUGUGUUAACGGUAAGCGUAUCUCACCGGUAAACAGGGAAUUUUGGCUUCUGCGCAUGCGUAAAUCCCGUAACUAAGGGUUUUGUGCUUACAG